AUGUGUAAAGAACUAGAUACAGAUUAUUAUUGGACCAUCAGUGCGCUGUUGCAGCUACUUAACUCUGCCAUUGUAGUGUGGAAGCACUGUAGAGACUCCCACAUCCACACACCCAUGUACUUCUUCCUCUCCAAAUUGUCCUUGGUAGACAUCUGUGUCACCACCACCACCGUCCCAAAGAUGCUGGUGAACAUCCAGACACAGAGAAAAGUCAUCACCUAUGCAGGCUGCAUCACACAGAUGUAUUUUCUCACACUCUUUAAAGGCUGGGACAACUUCCUUCUAACUGUGAUGGCCUAUGACAGGUAUGUGGCCAUCUGCCACCCCCUGAACUACACAGUCAUCAUGAACCCCUAUCUCUGUGGACUGCUGGUUCUGGUGUCCUGGAUCGUCAGUGUUUUGGAUUCCUUGAUAUACAGCUUAAUGAUCGCGCGACUCUCCUUCCCUGCAGACUUGGAAAUCCCCCACUUUUUCUGUGAACUUAAACAGGUGGUCCAACUUACCUGGUCCUACACCUUUCUUUAUAACAUGGUGAUGUAUUUUAUAACUGCGCUACUGGGUGCUGGUCCCCUCGCUGGUAUCAUUUACUCUUACUCUAAGAUAGUGUCCUCCAUACGUGCAAUCCCAUCAGCUCAGGGGAAGUAUAAGGCAUUUUCUACGUGUGCGUCUCACCUCUCAGCUGUCUCCUUAUUUUAUGGAACAAGCCUAGGAAUGUAUCUCAGCUCUGCGGCUGCCCACAGCUCACACUCAAGUGCAGCAGCCUCAGUGUUGUACACGGUGGUCACACCCAUGCUGAACCCCUUCAUCUACAGUCUCAGGAACAAAGACAUAAAAGGGGCCCUGAAACGAUUCUUUGGGAUGACAGCCAUAAAAAAAAAAAAAAAAAAAAAAAAAAAACAGCUGUGCUGA